CGCGCAUGCGCACGCGCGGCUAGCCGAGGGAGGCGACAAGAUGGCGGCCGCCGGCGCUUUUUGGGGCCUAGUCGUGGCGCUGUUCGUCCUGGGCGCCUCUUUCGCCUCCGAGGAGCCCAAGAAGCCCCCCUCCAAGCCCGCGAAGAAGAAGGACAUUCGGGACUACAACGACGCCGACAUGGCGCGGCUGCUGGAGCAGUGGGAGAAAGAUGAUGAUAUAGAAGAAGGGGAUCUUCCAGAGCAUAAGCGCCCGCCUGCACCAAUAGAUUUCUCUAAGAUUGACCCCAGCAAGCCUGAGAACAUUUUGAAAAUGACAAAGAAAGGGAAGACUAUUAUGAUGUUUGCCACAGUGUCUGGGGAACCUACCGAAAAAGAAACAGAAGAAAUUACAAAUCUGUGGCAGGGGAGUCUUUUCAAUGCCAACUAUGAUGUACAGAGGUUUAUUGUUGGCUCAAAUCGCGCCAUCUUCAUGCUUCGUGAUGGAAGCUACGCAUGGGAGAUCAAAGACUUCCUGAUAAAUCAAGAGAGGUGUGCUGAUGUGACUCUGGAAGGUCAGGUAUACCCUGGCAAAGGAGCCAAGGAGAAAGAGAAAGAAAAAAAUAAGUCUAGUCCUGAAAAAGCCAAAAAGAAAAAAGCGACUGAAAAGAAAUCUGAAACACCGAAAGACAAUAAUCACGCAAGCAAACCAAAAGAAGAUCUAUGAUGCCAAAUAAAUUGCACUGAAUAUUAGGAGGAGGAGUUGUUUUGGGGAGAAGAACAGCGUUGGAAUGGGUUUCAGGGUGGAGAUGAUCAAGGCGACAGUUUACUUAUUAAUGUGAAGCGUAUAUUUAGUAACAACAAAGUUAAUGGUUAAUAUCUGGAGACUGCCUGGUGAGUGGUGGCUCAUCUACUCUCAGUUAAUUGUUUAACUGUAAAAUUGGAAAGUAUGUGUAAUUUCAGUAUUAGGGACUUUACCCUACGGAGAGGAAGAAGACCUUUCUCCUUUGAAGUCCUAUGUAGCAAGUUUCAAGGAAUCGGCAGUGUAAAUGAUUCAAGGGUGAUGAAGAGGUAGAUAAAAAAGAUACCUACAUUUCUUGAAGUUCCUACAUUUUUCCAGCAUUUUAAUUAGUUCAGGAAAUUAGUAUACUUUCAGAACCAUUGGGUCUCAAAAUACUACCGAAAGAACAAAAUACUAGAAGCACAGUUCUGAGGGACACAAGUAUUUUGCCUGUUCUUAUUCCAGAUAAUAGCAGUCAAAUCCUGCUAAAAUUAAACUUUUUUCCGUUGAAUUAACAGGAAUAAAGGUAUGAGCUGCCUUGAGUCAAGCUGGGAGAGGCAGAAUAUAAAGUAAAUAAAGGGACCAUUUCACUUACUGUCUUACUCUCUUAUAGGACAUUUGAUUGAAAUAAAGCAGUUGAAAGGAGAAGAGAAAAGGGUACAAUUAACUCUGAAGCCACCUGGAAAUAUGUUUCAGGGCUUAUUUUUGUUUUUGAGAUUGUGUUUGUUCAAGAAUGUUAAACAUAAAGAACAUCCUCAAGCAGGCGCCUAUUCCAAGUUAGGGACUGAAUGCAGUUAGGCCACACUUCAUUAUUUUGUUACUUUGCCAGAAAAGCCCACUUAAGAUACUUAAAAUAUCCUCUUUGGAGAUUUAUUUCAAAGGGUUUUGUUU